UAUUUAAGGCUGAGAGCCCAGAGGGCUGCAUCAGGCGAACACUGAGCCCUGGGCCGGCUGCUGCAGAGACACGAGAUCCUGAGGGCAGAGAUCCUCCAGCCAAGGACCAUGCUGCCAGCUACCUUCAAGUUGUGUGCUGGGAUCUCGUACAGGCACCUGCGCAACAUGACAGGUCUGCGUCGAAAGGCCGCUGUUGCCAUCAGCCAGGAGCUGAACAAGCUCGCCUUCGCUGGCACGGGCCCUGGGAAGUGGAUCAACCAGGUUCGCCGGAGGAGUUCCUUGCUCAGCUCCAGGCUGGAGGAGAGGCCCUUCAGCGAAGUGGAGAUAUCUUAUCUCAAACAGGGAGAGGAGGCCCUCCAGAAAUCCCUCAGCAUCCUUGCGGACCAAGACGGCUGGAAAACAGAGACAGCUGUGGGCAAUGGGGACCGAGUGCUGAGCAAGGUGCUGCCGGAUGUGGGGAAGGUGUUUCGCCUGGAGGUGGUUGUGGACCAGCCCCUGGACUCUCUGUAUGAUGAGUUGGUGGAAAGGAUGGAGCAGAUGGGAGACUGGAACCCCAACGUCCAGGAGGUCAAGAUUCUUCAAAAGAUUGGUAAAGACACGCUGAUCACCCACGAAACUGCUGCUGCUACACCUGGCAACAUCGUUGGACCGCGAGAUUUUGUCAGCGUCCGGUGCACUAAGAGACGUGGCUCAACGUGUGUCCUGGCUGGGAUGGCCACGAAGCAUGGGGCGAUGCCAGAACAGAAGGGAUUCGUAAGAGCUGAAAACGGGCCCACGUGCAUGAUUCUUCGUCCCCUGGCUGAAAAUCCUUCCCAGACCAAGUUAACGUGGCUUCUCAGCAUUGACCUGAAGGGGUGGCUGCCCAAAUCGAUCAUCAAUCAGGUCCUUUCCCAGACGCAGGUAGACUUUGCCAACCAUCUCCGCAAGCGCCUGGCUAGCCCAGCUCCUCCCGCAGUCGCUGUCAACUGCUAAAGUUUCGCUGCUCCCCAUAAAGAAACCUGACCCUGAGCCACAGUCACAAACUGUCACAGGCCAACAGGGCCAAAGAUAUGUGCCCCAACGUGAAAUCACCACUGUAUUAUCCAAGACCUGCUUCUAGGCUAGACUUUAGAAUGGAGCUCGUAGUAGGAGAGUUGGCCUUGGACCAGUUCUGGAUAAGCAUGUUGCUGUACUCCCUGCAGCACGAGAUCGCCAUCCACCUGGGAAGAAUGGCUCCCCGUGUACCCCCAACCCAUCAGAUCUACUGAGAGCAGGUACCUUAAAAAAGGACAGGGCCACCUCUGCUGCCUGCAGUAUCAGAAUUCUCUUGGCGCGUGGCGAAAUGUGUCCAGCUUUGUGUUCUUCUACAGUUUUUGGUAUCUUUACAGGGAAGCUACUCUCUUGCUCUAACAAGAGGGCUCUGCUUCCAUCAAGGCAGAAAGGUAGAAGAACACAUACGUGGCCAAGACUGCAAUGCAAGCCCCACUCCAUUUUCCCGCUUACUUGGUAGAUACUCCAGUAACUUUUCCUGUGAUGUAUGUGAAUAGGUAAACUAGGCCUAAAAGACCUUCACUGAGUUACAGGUUUAAAAUAUAACUGUGAAGGGCUUGUCUACACCUGGCAAUAGCCUCUAAGAGAGAUUCCAGAGGAGCUCCCCAAUAGACACUUAUUUCCCACUGAAUGCCUCUGAAGCUGGACUAAACUGCACUCAGUGGAAAAAAA